AGUGUCAAAGUGAGCGUGUACACGUCGGGUUGUGCUAUCCUCUCUACAUUUCAUUAUUUAGAACCUUUGUACAAAGAAUAUGACUCGAAAAAUGUUUUUUCAUUCGCUUAAAAUAUACCAGUCCAUUGUUUUGUGUUGUUAGACCGUGUAUUAGCUGAAUUUUAACGUGUAUCACCACAGUGCAGCUUUAGAUAGCAAAAUAAUGUAUUUUAUCACGCCGCCGCAGUCUUCUGUUUGAAUUGUCAAGACAUUGUUGUGGGAUCGAUUUUUAGGUGUUAUUAACGAAAUUACCACGGUGCUUUCAAGUGAUAUUACUUAAACGACGUUCAUGCUAAACAAACACAACACAAAGCUCGCGUUUCCUCUGUAUCCCCAAAUCGAUAUAAGUUAAUAAAAAAUGCAUAUUUUCACCAUGGUUUCAUAAGUGUUCGGGUCAAUACAGUAACCGGCUUGGAUUAAGCACCGAUUUUGUUUAUUUUAUUAUUCUAUAGUGUUUGUGUUCACUUGUGUGACCUGUGUGAAGUGAUGAUUAUAAUCACAUACUCAAUUCGUGCACUCAAGAUUUCAGCAAUACGUAAAGAAGCUGUCUCGUCCUGCGAAUGAUUUGGAAGAAAAUACGAGAAUACUCACUCUGGACUCCAGUGGAGAUAAAAACAAAAUAAAUCCAAUAUUAUGUGAUAAAGAGUGUCCGUGUGUGUAGUGUUAUAGUUGUUUGUAGUCGGCCAUCUUGUUUCGCGAAAUGGGCGCCAUUUUGUAUGCGCUCCCAGCGGGCCCUGGCGGGAUCCUGACGCAAGUGAUCCUGCUCCUCAGUUUAGCCGUAUAUUCGUCUUACGGCGGUGGCUGCACAUUCCCUCCCGGCUGGACGGGCAGCUGGUUCCAGUCCGGGACUCCUGGACUCAUCGCCAUCAACUCCACGCACAUCCACUCCAAGGGAGAGUGCUCCGAGACCGACUCAUACGACAAGUUCCUGCUAUAUGACAGGAGCGAAGACUGCUUCAGGUGUAUGGUGAUUCACGAGAAGCACAAAUAUGUUCUACAGUAUAAAGAGACUUACUGCUCGUCGAAAGACUCGCUAGCGUCUAUAUGUGAGAUGAUCAGUGGCGAUGCCGCGCUGUACUCCAUGUUCCGGAAGGAACCCAGGCCUAUACCAGAGCAAUGUCCAUUCCAUCCUCCGCCAUUCACUUUUACAUACAACCGUGGAUCGGGCGACUGCACCAAUCCUCCAUCUCGCGCUGAGUCGUGCACAGAUGACUCGAGGUUACUCCUGCGUUACAUGGCCUGUCCUGAUGUGCCUGGCACUGAGAGCAACGUUGAGGAGCUGGUCUGCCUGGCCACGUGGAAGGAAGGCUCGACGCGGUACCUGGUGGGCCAGAUCUCACAGGUCAACCGGAGGAACUCCAUAGCCUCUGAUGAAGAUACAUACAGAUGUUUCAUCUACAAGGGCCAGCACAAUGACAAGACGAUGACGUACAACAUAGCGCAGUCCGGCGACGCCACAUGUAACGGCCUGUCUUCACCGACCGACGGGAGCAGGACUAUGAAGCUUACUAACAGUGACGACGAGCACAACCGGUGUCACUUCCCCUCCUGGAUCGUGGACCACCACAAGUGGUUCAGUCUGGACCACUCGCACCAGUACCACUUCACUAAGAAGAACGCUACUCUCAAGAUAAUGAACUCCGACGGCAGUUUCGAAGAGAUGCGACUUGUGUGCCACUCUAUCUUGGAGCAGAAAGACAAGAAACACAUCAAGCUGAUCGCACACGUCACUAGUGGAUGCGAGUCCGGACACGUGUGCCUGAAGCUGUGGCGGCGUGCGGGCGGCGUGCUGGAGCUGCAGCAGAGCGCCGCGCGCUGGGAGCUGGCGGCCGGCGCUUGCGCGGACCGCGAUCUGCCGCACGUCACUCUCGUCACUACGUCCUUGAUGCCAAUGCGUUGUCCAAUCAUCGGGCGGUACUCUGUAAUCAACUCCCUGCCGGACAAGCGACGCCGGCGACAACAAACUACUAUUGGCGACACAGAGAUUCAAGACGUGUCUCAAGCGGAAUGUUCUCCAGAAUUUUCGAGCGUAUUCUUCGGCUGUGGCGCCCAACAGGACACUAUUGAGUUCAAGGCUGGAUGCUCUGAUACAGUGUACUCGUGCUACGGCGGCUGGGCGGAGCGCGGCGCGGGCUUCGUGAUCGCGGCGUCGCGCGCGCGCGCCUCCGCCGCGCCGCGCGCGCUCUGUCUGCGCUAUCUGCGCCGCGACUACAACGACACUCGUGUCGGCGUGGAACAGCUGUCGGUGUCUAUUGUGUCGCGGUCGUGUGACCGCAGCGUGGUGCCAGGCAUCGGCGGCGACAACGCCUACAACCUCACUAAAAACGGCACGUGCGAGCAGAGCAGCAUGUACAAUAGCUCCAGCGUUCGUCUCCUGCCGCAUUCGCUCGCGAUCGUGUUCGCGAUCAUGUUCGCGAACAUGCUCGCGUGGAGGUGAUAGACGUGACUAGUUUCAUACAAGUGCGUUUCGUAAUUCGUUUGCCAGUUGUAUUCUUUUCUGAAAGUGAUUUUUACGCACCCAGGUUUUUAAACUAAAAGUGUUUAGAUCACCUGGGUGAAUAAGCUGAGGUGAAUUAUGUUUACGGCACGUUUCUGUGGAUGAUCCAUUGAUUCUCAAUUGAUUUCGCGUCUGAGGUUAAUGGUUAUGUCGUAUUCUAUACAACUAUUAUAUUAUGUGGCCGUCCAAAUCAAAAGGGACGUUAUGGCGCCCGGCACUUACGCCAUUAUUGCCGUUGUUUUGUAUUCGAACAACGGCAAUAAAGACCUAAGUGCCAGCCGCCGUAAGGUCCCUUUUGAUGUGGACGGCCACAUAUAUUUAUGUUUGCAAGGGUAGUUGUCAAAUCUGAUACCUUUUUCCAUGUGUCAAAAAUAAAAAAAAAUAUAUGGGGCUUGUAUGACAGUGAGCGCAAGUGACGUCACAGUUGUUGGAAUCAUAAAUACAUUUAAUGAGAACAAUACUUAAUCCAUACUAAUAUUAUAAAGUCUGUCUGUUUCGCUUUCACGGCUAAUGCGCUGGACUGAUUUUGUUGAAAUUUUAAUUUAAUUCAUUCAAAUUUCAUUUAAAUAAUAAUAAUAUUCAAAAAUUAAUUUAAUAUAGGUUACUUUUUUUUUCUUCAAAUGGGGGGUGUUUGUAUGAAAAUCAUAUCCGCUAUUCCGCUUUCGCAGAGAAAUACUCGCGGGCGAAGCCGCGUGCGAAAGCUAGUGUUACAUACUAUAAAAAAACAUUGAUAAAUAAAGUGAUAUUUGAUUAUCGUGUUUCAUUAAGUGAAUGCAUUUACAUACGUUUUAUUUUAUUUUAUACACAACUAGAUGUUGCCCGGGAAUUUUGAGAUAAAACAUAGCCUAUAGCAAUAAUGCAUAAUGUACCUUUCUAAUGGAGAAAUAAAUUUUGAAAUCGGUUCGGUAGUUUCGAAGAUUACCCGCCUUAAACUCACUAAGUCACAAACUCACAAACGCCUCUUUAUAAUAAUAGUACAGAUAUAAUGUUUUAUACAUUUUAUUUUAUAGACAAAAACCCUAUUAUAGUAAUUGUUUUGGAGUUUUCUGCGCCACCACAAACAUAAUAAUAACAACUAUAUUAUAUAUGUAUGGAACAUUAAUAUGUAGAUCACAAAUUAAAUCAGAUUUACGAAUACCAAUGGAUCCUUUGCAUAGAAUAGUGAUUAUGUAUACCAAUUUUUUAACUCUUAUUGUACAAUCUUUCCAUUCGAGACACAUUUAAUUAUUUAAAUCAAUUUUAAUCCACUUAUUUUCCGUUAUAGAAAAAAUGUAUUUUAACUUUUGUGAUAGAUGAAAAUUAUUUUCGUAAAGUUGGCAGCACAUUUUUAGAUUUUAUCGAUUGUCAAAAUUUUGGUUACGAUUCUUUUAUGAUUUUUUUUUUGUUAAAAUUACAUUAAUUAUUAUCUUUAGGAUAGGACAACUAAACAAUGUUUAAAGAAACGAAGAAAAAGUGAUCAAUAAUGUAAAUAAAAAGAUGGUAUUUGAUAAAGAUGCGUAAUUAAAAAAAAACAUGCGAUUUUUUAAGCACAGACAUAAAAGUGUACAGACUUGACAUUUUUUUAAAAAGAUUGGUUAGAUUGAUAUUAUGAUACGUAUAUGUUAUUAAUAUGUUAUACUAGGUCAAAUUAAGUGGUUUUAAAGUCGUAGAAUGAAAUGUUGAUGGUUUGACAAUGUGGAUGAGAAAUAGUAGGAACCUUGGGCUCCGACGCUGGGAAGAACUGGGAGAUCGCUCAGAUGAGAUAGAGAGUUGACACACAAAAACUCUGACUCUUCCUAACAAAUGUCCAGUGUGAAUACUUGUGUAUCUGUGAAAAUAAUGUUAUAUGUGUACUUUUAACUUUAUUUUUAUUAUAUUACUAGGCAGUUUAUAAGCGUGGUCGUUAUAUUUUAAAAAAUAUGUCGGCCAUUUUGUACAAUGUCUAUAUUACAUUAUUUAAUAGCGGACGCUUUUAAAAGUAUACAUUUGUACUGUAUGCUUAUUAUAAAAUUAAGACUAAAAUUAGAUAAACGAUAAUGUAGACAAUUAUGCUCAGCAUUUCUUUUUUAGUUUCCAAAUCGUCCAAUGUAUUUUUUAAGUUAAGUAUUUAAUUUGAAAUAGAUUUUACGUAUGUAGGACGCGAUUUAAUUAUAACGUUAUAACGAUAUUUAUUGUCUAUGGCCUUAACGUUCAGAAAUAAUGUUUUACCAAUCAUGAAUUUGCGUCGCUUUUUAUUAUUUCCUUUACAAAUGCUCAAUGAUUUGAAUUUUUAAAAACCAGUUAUCAAUCUUGACCAACAGUAGUUUUAUAUAUUAUAUGAUUAUUAAAUAAAAAGUAUAUGUAAUUGCUCAUACGAGAAAAUAGUUCGGGAUUUUAUUUGUGAUAUGAAAUUUAUCUUUUAAGGCUUAAAAAUAUAUGUAAAUAUUCACUAGUAAAAGUUCCUGACACUGUUUAUUUCACGCGCUUUUAUUUUAAUUUAUUAUACUUACAAUUUUUCUGUUUGUAUUUUCCACUUGGCGUUAGAUUUAUUGGUACAAAAAAUCCAUGCAAGAGUAAACUGAUAUUAUUUUUAUCUCGCUGCUGUUAGAUUUUAUUCAACUCCCUUAUAGGCACCUGAUAUGACUUUCAAGACACUGUAUUCAAGUAUUUAUUUCGAGACUUCUUAUGUAUGUAUAUAAUAAAUAUCAGAAAUUGUUUGACUAUUAGUGAUGUUUGAGUUUAACGCCAAGUGAAUAAUAUAACCUUUUAUUCAUAAAAAAGUAAAAACAUAAUUUAGCUUAACGUAUGUUUUGUCUCUUUCUAUCAAUGGCAAAUAUUGUAAAGGCCGAUAGUGAUAAAACAUAUUUUAGCUUAAAGUAUGUUUUAACUUUUUUAUGAUUACCGGUGUAAAGUUCAAAACUAUAUAGUUUUAAGUCUUGAAUUAUGUCGAUGCUUGCCUAAACCUGUGAAGCUUUGAAGGAGCGGAGUUGCUUGUUUCGUCCAUUAUGGCAGCUCACGCGCGAGACUGCUUUAAAGGCGGGAAAAUCUUGAGCUAAACUAGCAUAAUUAUUUUUAACAUUAUAAUGUUAUCAUAAACGCGCUAUUGAACAAGGAUUUGAUAUUUACGAUCUGUAGUCAAAUAUUAGUGGUAUUUAAAGUAUAUAAUUCAUUGCUCAAGAUUUUUCCCCAGUAGUUAUGAAGUUGAAGACCCAGAUCAUCAGAAUCUUAAAAAAACGAUAUAAAACGUAGCCCAAAAAGACUAUUGUAAAUAAAAUUAGUUGGAUACUUAUAUACAAUCAUAUUUUAUAAGUGUACAAUGUAAACGCAUUUCUAAAAUACAGGACGAAAGUAUUAAUUUUUAAAUACCAAAACGAUAAUAAAUAGUAUAGAGGGAAAAUUAUAUAAUUAAAUCAAAUGUUUUCUAACAGCCAUUUUAAAUUAAUUUCUAUUUUAAAAAAUCGACUAAAAGUGUUAAGUGCACGAAAAUAAUUGUAAUUUCACAUUAGCGAUUAAGGAAAUUUCUGUUUGAAUUAUUUAUUGAUUGUAUUAAAAAUAAGAAAUUUUUCCACGAUGUGAAUAAGUGCACGGAACGAUUUAUGUAAAAAAAAUAUAGUAAUGUAUGGGAUUUGUAAUUUAUAUGGCUUGUAAAUAUGUUUUAUUAAUUUCAUUUUGCUGUCUAUGUAAUUUUGUGAUAAUUUCCUAUGCUUCAUAAAACUCCAUUUUGUGUAGAUAAGCGUUCGUAAAGUUUUUUGACGUUUGCAUUUUUUUUUGUAAACCAAUCACGCCAUGGGAUACGAUUUGUAACUAUUAAUGUGUAAGCCUAUUAUUAUAUUUUGAUUACUGAAAUAUAUUUGAAAACCAAGUA